UGGGGGAGCUGCUGUAGAUCUCGUCACCUCGCCCAGGGAUCUGUGCACCGGAGGAGGGAAGGGGGACCUCCUCCCGGGGCAGGGUCCAGGGCUACCGAGAUGUCGGAGGUAGCUGCUGCCGGUGUUGCUUCUGCGGUAUGUGCAGCGGUUGUUGGGAGCGUUGCGCCCCAGGGAUCUCCCACAGUGGUGGGCGCUGCCCCAAGUGUAGUAGCCCGGGGAGCUGACAGCCCGGCUGGGGGAGGUACUGCCGCUAAUGCACCGCUCAGGAUCGCUGCCAAGAAGGGUCAGCUGCGCUCAGCGCCCCGGGCAAAGAAACUGGAGAAACUCGGAGUGUACUCUUCAUGCAAGGCAGAUGAAACGUGUAAGUGCAAUGGCUGGAAAAACCCCAACCCUCCUCCAACCCCCCCCAGGAUGGAUCUUCAGCAGACUGUGGUUAGUCUCACUGAGCCAUGCCGUAGCUGUGGUCACACACUUGCUGCACAUGUAUCUCAUUUGGAAAAUGUGUCUGAAGAAGAAAUGAACAGACUGUUAGGAAUUGUUCUAGAUGUUGAAUAUCUGUUUACUUGUGUUCAUAAAGAAGAAGAUGCAGAAACCAAACAAGUUUAUUUCUCUCUCUUUAAGCUUUUAAGAAAGUGUAUUUUGCAAAUGGGAAAACCUACUGUUGAAGGAUCCUUAGAAAGUCCCCCAUUUGAAAAGCCAAGUAUUGAACAGGGUGUAAAUAAUUUUGUACAAUAUAAAUUUAGCCACUUACCAUCAAAAGAAAGACAAACCAUUUUGGAGUUGGCUAAAAUGUUUCUGAAUCGUAUCAACUACUGGCACCUGGAAACGCCUUCCCAACGAAGACUGAGAUCACCAAAUGACGAUAUUGCUGAAUAUAAAGUGAACUACACAAGGUGGCUCUGCUACUGCAAUGUGCCCCAAUUCUGUGACAGUUUGCAUCGCUAUGAAACCACACAGGUGUUUGGACGGACACUGCUACGAUCUGUUUUCACCGUUAUGAGAAGGCAGUUACUGGAGCAGGCCAGGCAGGAGAAAGACAAACUUCCACCAGAGAAGCGAACACUAAUAUUAACUCAUUUUCCAAAGUUCCUGUCUAUGUUGGAAGAAGAGGUUUAUAGUGCCAAGUCUCCAAUAUGGGAUGAGGAUUUUAUGUCAUCAGCUUCUCAAACUAAUGAGCUUGGAAUCCAAGCAGUUAUCAGCACCCCUCCUGUUGCACGGUCUGUUACUUAUGUUGCCAGUCCCUCAUCGUUAGAACAGUCUAGCAGCGGAAGUCUCAGUCCAGCUGGCAAACCAUCUUGUGCCCUUGAAACAAACAUAGGUGAGAAAAGGAAAAACAGUGAACCAUUUACUGUGGAGGAUCCAAAGCGGCCAAGAGUUGUAGGAGAUAUUCCUAUUGAACUCAUCAAUGAGGUGAUGUCCACAAUAACUGACCCUGCAGCCAUGUUAGGGCCAGAGACAAGCUUCUUGUCUGCAAUCUCAGCAAGAGAUGAAGCUGCAAGAUUGGAGGAACGCAGAGGAGUAAUAGAAUUCCAUGUUGUUGGAAAUUCUCUAAACCAGAAACCAAAUAAGAAGAUCAUGAUAUGGCUUGUUGGCUUACAAAAUGUUUUCUCUCAUCAACUACCUCGAAUGCCUAAAGAGUAUAUCACACGUCUUGUAUUUGAUCCGAAGCACAAAACCCUUGCAUUGAUCAAAGAUGGACGUGUAAUUGGUGGUAUCUGUUUCCGAAUGUUUCCUAGCCAAGGCUUCACUGAGAUUGUUUUCUGUGCAGUAACUUCAAAUGAGCAAGUGAAGGGCUAUGGAACACAUCUUAUGAAUCAUCUGAAGGAAUAUCAUAUUAAGCAUAAUGUCUUGAAUUUCCUUACUUAUGCAGAUGAAUAUGCAAUAGGCUAUUUCAAGAAACAGGGUUUUUCUAAAGAUAUAAAAGUACCGAAAGCUCGAUAUGUUGGAUACAUUAAGGAUUAUGAAGGCGCUACAUUAAUGGGUUGUGAAUUAAAUCCAAGGAUCCCAUAUACUGAAUUUUCUGUCAUUAUCAAGAAGCAAAAAGAGAUUAUCAAAAAGAUGAUUGAGAGGAAACAAGCACAAAUACGCAAAGUGUACCCAGGACUUUCCUGUUUUAAGGAAGGAGUACGACAAAUUCCAAUUGAAAGCAUUCCUGGCAUUAGAGAGACUGGCUGGAAAGCAAGCAUAAAAGAAAGAAGUAAAGAACCAAAAGAUCCAGAACAGCUGUAUAAUACAUUAAAAAAUAUUCUUCAGCAGGUUAAGAGUCAUCAAAGUGCUUGGCCCUUUAUGGAACCAGUAAAAAGAACGGAAGCGCCUGGAUAUUAUGAAGUUAUAAGAUUUCCCAUGGAUUUGAAAACCAUGAGUGAACGUAUAAAGAACAGGUAUUACGUGACGAAGAAACUGUUUAUGGCAGAUUUACAGAGAAUCUUUACAAACUGCAGAGAGUACAAUCCCCCAGAAAGUGAAUACUUCAAAUGUGCAAAUAUCCUGGAGAAAUUCUUUUACACUAAAAUUAAAGAAGCUGGACUGAUCGACAAAUAAUCUGUUACUUGUGGUGCCUAAUCUUAUUGGCUUGCCUACUGUUUAGUGCACCUAACCUAAAUUUGCACUUAUUUUAAAAUAUGCUAAUCCUCUUAAGCUGUUAUUUUUAGUGCUGGACAUAUUUAAAAUUUCUUUUCUAAGGAAAGGAAGAAAAAAAAUAUUUUUUGUGUCCCUAUUGGAGAUAUCUUAUUUUUUUUUUUUAUGGAUUUCUUUUAUAUUAGAAAAAGGUGCUUGUAACCUGUAGGAUGUAAUAUAUAUAAUGUUCUCAUAAGCUGUUUUGUAUAUUUAGAACUGAAUGUUUUGUAUAAUAAUGUACAAUUACAUAUUUCAUUGCUUGUCAACCACUAAUCUUAUAACACUGUUAUAGAAUGGGCAGACAACUGAUUAUAGCUUUGCUUAUGCAGGACAUAAGUCAAAAUAUAAUCUGAUAUUAACAAAAUACUCUAAUGCUUGUCUUGGGGACGACUGACUAUUAUUAUUUUAAAUAUAAAACGUUCAUAGUAUUAGUACCAUUACUAAUACAGGUCCCAUAUAUUUAAAAACAAAUUAACAGUACAAAUACUGUGUAUUUAUUUAUAUUUAAAUUUAAGAUGAAAAUUUCAAGUCAUUAACCCAAGCUCUAUUUUUGAUACCCUGCAAAGAAUACUUUUUCCCCCAGAAUAUGAUUUAAUCCACAUAUAAAUAUUAGUGGAAAAUUCCUAAUUUUGAUAAUUACAGAUUUAAUAAAGGCUGCAAAGGUAAUUGUUUAAAUAUCAGUUUUAAUUAAUAUAUGUUUCCAAAAAGAGGAAACGAAGGAAACAAAAUAUAAGUAAUUAGAAAUAUUACAGUUUAUACAUCAUAAUUUGCCAGGAUUCAUCAUUUUGCUUUAUUAUACAAAGUAGUAUGUAUGGUCCUUGAGAAUACAGGGAAGAAACUUCUUGUGACCCAUAAUUUUGCUACCCAGUCCAUUCACAAAAUAAUACUGUUUAUGCUGUUAAUAAAGAAAAACAAAACAUUUUUUUGCAAUGUGACCUGAAAAGGAGUAAAACAAAUUAUGACCUAUUAUGACUUAUUUGUUUGUUUUUUGUAUUUCAAAACAAAAAUAAAUAACAUAAGAUUUUAUAGCAUUUGAAUUUAUAUCCAGUUGCUAGCAAUGAGAAAGAAUGUUGUAUUGUAGGAGUUAUUUGUUCUCUGUUUCUCUGUGUAGUUACAUGUGUAUUAGCAUUUGUUAUAUGCUGAAAGAUGAAAUCCCUGAUAGGACCAAAGUGUAAAGUGUACAACAUAGCAAUGACAUGGUGAGAAAUGUGUAAACAUUUUGAAAAGCUUUAAUUUUCUAUGAGCUCUUUUGUUACAAUGAGGCUUACGUACUCUGUGUAUACAUCUAGUUGACAGCGCGUAGAGGAUUUGCUGGAAAAAAUCUUAAUAAAGAGUACUGGAUUCAUUUUUAGAAAAAAUAGUCUACUUUAUAGCGGAAUUUCGAAAGCAAAACUCUAUUGUAAUUUUUUUUUCUCCUUUAAUGUGGUCCAAAUGGCUUGUUAUACCUACUACAUAGUAUUAGAUGUAUGGUAAAUGGAUCCUCCAUGCUUUUUUUUGUGUUUGUAAUAGCUGUUUUCACUCAUUAAAACCAUCACGUGUUCUAUAGGGCAUUCCCAUGAAAAUGGGCUGAGCCUGCAAGUAAAACAGGACUGCUAAUUAUAUCUGUGCUAUAUAUUGAAAUGCUGAUUAUGGCUGAGGGUUGAAUAACCACAACCAGCAGUUUCAAUUACAAUCUCUCUAUCUUCCUUAUUCUCCCCCUUUGAGUUUUAUCAGUUAUAUUGUCUCCUAUUCAUAUAGCUUUUUCUACAGAGAAAAUGUUUGUUACUUAUUUUUUUCAGUAUAUCUGGGGAUACAGCAGGCACAAUUAGCUAUUUCAAAUAACAAAAUAAAGAUAAAAGAGAUAUUAAAUACACUCCAGCAGGUAAAAUGGACCACGGAGAACACAUUAAAGGGGAGAACAGUGUCCCUUUAAGUUAAUGGCUCUUCCCUGGCUGGACAAGUGAUGUAUCAGUACAACCCACUUCUCAUUGUCUUUUUUUUCUUUCAUUGUUGCAAACAUGAAAGAUAAUUUCUGCCAAAAAUAAGUCGCUUUUUUAUACAUCAGUGUGCUUGGCAUAAGCAACUGAUGAUUUCACCGGUAAUAUGUGGCAAAAAGCCAUGAAUAAUACUAGAAGAUAAGAGUAUGCUUGAUAAUUAUGAUUAUAAUGUACAUCAUCUAUAAAUCUUUAUGUCAGAUAAUUAUUUUACAGUCAUUUCCUAAUACAACCAAAAAUGUAUUGAACAAGCAUUUGCACAACCAUAAACACUCUAUUUUUGGUGGGGUGGGGGGGUUAUAGAAAGAGUAUUCCCAUACCCAAAGGAAAUAGGUGGGGAAAAAUAAGACAAUGUGGUUAUAUCUCUUUACUGUUUUUUGGUCAGCUAUGUGGGAUUACAUCUUUGAAGUAGAAUAUUUUCUGUUUAUAGGUAAAUAACAAAUUUUACAGUUUGGGCAGUUUCUGUCAAGCACUUGAAUCUUUUGGAUUAUUUAGUUUCCAGAUGAAAGAAUAGCAGAAUGUUAUUGUGAAGUCAAAAUUAAGAACUGUACUUUGUGAAAGCUAUGUCAUGGUUAUGCUAUUUUAUGUAUUAAUGUUAAUCACAUACUCUGCAAAAUGUCAUAUCAAAUGUUUUAUAAUUUAAAAAGAAAAUACUAUUUUCAUAGAUAUUGUGCAAUAUUGCUGAAGUAGAAUGUGUGGUUUUACGAAUGCUUUAUAUAGCAAUAUAAUAUACCUUUGUAAAAAAUUAAUAUAUUGUAUUUGUUGAGAAUAGUUUUAAAUUAAAAAAAAAGUAUUUUGA